AUGACUACCGUGCGAGCAGCGAAGAGGAUGAUCCAUCGAAGCCGCCACCGACGCGGCGCAGGCUUUCCACACAGCCAUCCGCUGCUGUAUCGCGCCGUCCUCGGUCUCAGAUCCCAAGAGCAGCCGCUUCAGGUUGUGAAGAUGUCAAACGGGAAGACAGCAGGCGAUGCCGAGCCGCCCAGUUGCCCCAUUCUGUUGGCUCGAGGGGAAGCUCUGAUGCUUUCAUCUGCGGUGGCCCAAGUCGUUUUCGAGAUGGUCACAGACUGUUCAAUGAUGACCGCCGCCGAAACCGAAAGAGCUUACGGCGAGCGGGCGGUCGAUGAUCCGGAUGGGAAAAGACGUCGCUGGACGCGAGAGGAGGACGGCUGCCUAGUGGCUCUGAAGACGGACGGCUUCUCUUGGCCGGAGAUCAAGGAGCGGUUUCCACAGAGACAACUCGGCUCCUUGCGGCAGCGAUGGUACACAACACUUCAGAAUAUGCAAGCAAUCCCCGCCACGGACGAGUGGAGGCAGGAGGGGAAAUGUAAGCGCGCCCACCGAUUCCUUGGGUCAGCCGGUGAGCCCCUGCCUACAUCGAAGCCGCCAACGCCCCUGGAAACUUCACAUCGCUAUCCCGGCAGACAACCCCAAACCCGAGACCCAGCAACGCCGAAGGCGGAGCCCUGCACCCCAUCUCUGUCCUCAACAGUGACCGCCAUGUGCCCGGUGUGCAAUUCUGUGGUUGAGGUGGAGGCUUCCGGUGCGUUCAAUGCCCCCAACAAUUGCAUGCCGGUCGGGGAGCAGCUGCGGUUCUGCGAGAACCAUCAGAAGGAGACUGCACGAUGUGAGUGGUCCCGACAUCGCUAUCCCUUCAUUGCGUGGGACUGUCUUGAUGAUCGGUUGACUCAAUUCCAUCCUCGCCUGCGCUGGAUUCUUAAUGAUCCCAGAUACCGCUCCCGCUACAAGAGUGUGUUGCACAAGAAAGUACAGAAGCAUGGCAGGAAGGUCCUCUCUCAGAAUGUCCUGCACAGGACUGGUUACUAUGGCCUUAGAGGCCAUGGGAUUCUCUCGGAGCAUGUCGUGCGUCAUUUUGCACGUGACAUCGACUCCCUGGCCGGGAUCGAUGCCCUUGUCUCAAAGUAUGGUACCGUUGUGUAUGCCCAGGAGGUCUUGGUGCCCGAACUGCUGGAGAUGUUGGUUCAGAAGGACAUGGGAGUUGACCUCAAAGGGGCCCGCCGGAUUCUGAAGGAGAGUAACAAGAUCGGGAAGUUGUUUAAUUAUUCUGGGUUAUCUGCGUGUCAAGCCAUGACACAUACAAAUUAUUCUGGGGACAUCCAUGCCACGCAGCCCCCAAUCUAG